AUGAGGAAAGCCGACACCGUUGGAGGAAGAGUGUUCAACGCACCCAGGUGCACCAGGCAGAGACAAAGACGGGGAAAGACAAGGACGAUCAAUGUUGAUUUCGAUAACGGUAUUCCUUCUGAUUGUGCGGAUUUGGAAAUGGCUCCGGUCACGGAAGUCCUAUCCCCCCGGACCUCUUCGGCUACCUAUUGUGGGAGGCAUGUGGCGGUUUGGGGUCAUGCUGUCUAAAGAUACUUUCCUUAAGUUGGCGAAGCAGUACGGAAAUAUUUACACUAUAUGGAUUGGGCCUGUACCUGCGGUAAUAUUUUCUGGAUUCGAAGCCGUGAAAGAAGGACUGGUAACCUAUUCAGAAUACUUUGUGGAUAGACCAAUGACUCCUCUUCUGAAAGUUAUAACAAAAGAAAGGGGUAUUGUCUUCUCCAAUGGUCACACCUGGAAGCAGCAGAAGAAGUUUGGGCAGGUUACCAUGCGGAAACUGGGCCUGGGGAAGAAAGAGCAACAAAUUGCAGAAGAAGCCGAGCAGCUGGUCGAGAUGUUUGAACGCUCAAAUGGGCAGCCGAUCGACCCUUCGUUGCUCAUCAGAAAUUCCGUCUCCAACGUGAUGUGCGCGGUGGCUUUCGGGCACCGCUUUUCUGUGGAUGAUGAAGAAUUCGUCAAGCUGGUCAAUGCGGUUAUGUACAGCUUGAGUUUUGCGGCCAGCUUCUUUCAUGGGCUGUAUGAAAUUCUCCCCAGGCUAAUGAAACAUCUCCCGGGGCCUCACCAGACGACCCUGGUCUGCACAGAGGCUGUGCUUUCCUUUGCCCGGAAGGAGAUAGAGCUCCACAAGGAGCAGCAGACGAUACACGAGCCACAGGACUUCAUUGAUUACUAUCUGUUUCAGAUGGAAAAGAAAGUCUACAAGGAGAUGGAUGAGGUUUUCGGCUCGGCUCACUCUAUCUGCUAUCAAGAUCGGAAGAAGCUGCCCUACACCAACGCGGUGAUUCAUGAAACUCAGCGUGCCGAAUUCAUGUUACUGUUCGGAGUCCCUAGACAAUGCGUGAAGGACGUGCACGUUCUCGGUUUUUUCAUUCCAAAGGGGGCCAUUGUUGUUCCAGACCUACGCUCUGUUCUUCUAGAUCCCAAGCGCUGGGAGACUCCUGAGGGGUUCAACCCGAAUCAUUUCUUGGACAAAGAUGGCAAUUUUGUGGCCAGAGAGGAAUUUCUGCCAUUUGGUGCAG